AUGGCGGAGAAGACAUUCGGCGUGAUAGGGUAUGCGCUGGCGCCGAAGAAGCAGAACAGCUUCAUCCGCAACUCAUUGGUCACUCUAGCAAAAUCGCGAGGGAUCGAACUUGUGCGCGUGGACUCGGAUAAGCCUCUCGCGGAUCAGGGGCCCUUCGAUUGCAUCCUCCACAAGCUCUACGGUGACGAUUGGAAGCGCCAGCUUCAGGAAUUCAAGACUCGCUUCCCAAAUGCGGUUAUCCUCGACGCGCCCGAAGCGAUCGAACGCCUUCAUAACCGAAUCUCGAUGCUGCAGGUCGUGUCGGAGCUCCGAGUCCUGGAGCGAACCGAGACCUUUGGGAUCCCGAAGCAGAUUGUUAUAUACGACAAGGCCACGCUAAUGGACCCCCAGGCCGGGGAGAGCCUCAAAUUUCCGGUGAUUGCGAAGCCGCUCGUUGCCGACGGCAGCGCCAAGUCGCACAAGAUGGCGCUUGUGUUCACGCGCGACGCGCUCGAUAAGCUGAAGCCCCCGAUCGUGCUGCAGGAGUUCGUCAACCACGGGGGCGUGAUUUUUAAGGUGUACGUGGUGGGCGAGCACGUGCGGUGCGUGAAGCGCAAGUCCCUCCCCGACGUGUCGGAGGAGAAGACGGUGGGCGUUUCGGAGGACCUUUUGUCGUUUUCCCAGGUCUCUAACCUUGCCAACCACGACUCCGUGAACGACAGCGACGGCUAUUACCAGCUGAUGCAUUUGGACGAAACCGAGAUGCCCCCAAACGCCUUCGUCGUCGACAUCGCCAGCGGCCUCAGGCGCGCCCUCAAGUUGAACCUCUUCAAUUUCGACGUCAUAAGGGACGCUCGAUACGGCAACCGCUACCUCAUCAUCGACAUCAACUAUUUCCCUGGCUACGCCAAAAUGCCUGGAUAUGAGGCCGUUUUGACUCAGUUUUUCUGCGAUGUCAUGUUCAAGAAACAGCAAGAAGAACAACAGGGGGAGGGUUGCGCUCUUGUUUCGACCAAGAACAAUGAGGAAUCUCUUCAGGUCUAG